UUCAGAGAGCGACCGAGGAGCGGAGAGCGUCCACGGUGCGCUCCUCCACGGUGCAGGUCAUAUUUGGCCGUCCUUCUUUGUUGACAAGUCUUAAAUAUCUGUGACAAGUGGAAGUCGGCGCUUACAACAAGAACAUUUGACUGUUUCCCGAGUUUUGGCUGAACUACAGACUCCGGACUAUUCUGAAUUAUUCUGGUGGACUCGUGUAGUUAAAGGCAUUGCUGUGUAAAUACAGCUUAUCCCCAAAGUUUGGACCGCUGCUACGACACUCUUCUCCCUGUUUUUCUAAGGUAUGCCUGUGGUCGUCAGUGUGUCUCCGGACACGUAAUCGGGCGCGCUCCUGCUGUCAUGGCCUCCACAACCACGCGGCUCCUUGUCGUCGCAGUGAUCUCUGUUCUGGCGGAGUUCGUCAUCUCAUCAGAGAGUCAUAAGUGGCACUUUGAUCCAACUCAGUGUCGCUACGCCCUGGGGAUGGAGGAUGGCACCAUCCCAGACUCUGACGUCACCGCCUCCAGCGCCUGGUCCGACUCCACAGAGGCCAAACAUGGAAGGCUGAGCACCGGAGAAGGGGACGGAGCGUGGUGUCCGGCCGCACCGGUCUUCCCCAAUGAGUCAGAGUACCUUCAGAUUGACCUCCACAAACUCCACUUCGUGGCUCUGGUUGGUACCCAAGGUCGGCACGCUGACGGUCACGGCCAAGAGUUUGUCCGCAGUUAUCGGCUCCGUUACUCCAGAGACGGAAAGAAAUGGAUCACUUGGCAGGACCGCUGGGGACAAGAGGUGGUGUCAGGCAAUAAGAACACCUAUGAAAUUGUGCUGAAGGACCUCGGCCCCCCGAUUGUUGCCCGUAUGGUCCGGUUUUACCCCCUGGCUGACCGAGUGAUGAGUGUUUGCCUUCGGGUGGAGCUCUACGGUUGUGUGUGGAAUGAUGGAUUGAACGCUUACACGGCUCCGGUGGGACACGUCAUGAACUUGCCCGGCAUGCCGGUCUAUCUAAACGACUCCACCUAUGAUGGCAGCACAGAACAAGGGAUGCAGUUCGGAGGCCUUGGCCAGCUCUGCGACGGCGUCCUGGGAGGAGAUGACUUCAUAGAAACGAAGGAGCUGCGGGUGUGGCCGGGGUACGAUUACCUUGGAUGGAGCAGAGAGGCCCUCGGGCAAGGCAGCGUGGACAUCGAGUUUCAUUUUGAGAAACCCAGACGCUUCAACAAGAUGCAGGUUCACAGCAACAACCGGCACACGCAGGGCGUGCGAGUCUUCAGCAAAGUAGAGUGUCUUUUCAAGCCUGGCCUCCUUCAGCCCUGGUCUUCUCCGGUGCUCACCCUGCCGGUUCCCCUCGAAGAUCUGAAGGACCCCUCUUCACGACCCAUCUCCCUCCCGCUUGGAGGCCGGCCGGCUCAGAUCCUCCGCUGCAAAUUUUACUUUGCAGACCGGUGGUUGCUCAUCAGUGAGAUAUCAUUUCUCUCUGAACCAUUUGAAGAGGAUGAGACGGACGCUGAUCUUCACAAUCAUCGAAAGCCUCCGGACCCGAGUCCGACUCCUCUGGGGAAUGUCACCACCUCUGUUCCCACAUCGAGCCGCGGCUCAUUCAGCACCAGCUCCAAGCCUUCUGAACCCCCCACCACCACCACCCUCAUGAUGGACACCACUGCUAACUGGACACUGUCAGAAUUUGCUGCUGUUACUCCGAGGGCGGGAUUUCCUGUAGCCAAAGAUGACGGCAGUAACACAGCCAUUCUGAUUGGCUGCCUGGUGGGCAUCAUCCUGCUGCUGCUGGCUGUUAUAGUUGUCAUUCUUUGGAGGCAAUACUGGAAAAAGAUUCUGGGCAAGGCCCAGGGCAGCCUGUCCAGCUCAGAGCUCAGAGUCCAUCUGUCCGUCCCCUCGGACAACGUGGUCAUCAACAACACACACAGCUACUCGAGCCGGUACCAGCGCAUACACACCUUUCCUGACGACCGGGACCAUGACAGAGAAGCAGAGGGGGAAUAUCAGGAGCCCAGCGCUCUGCUGCGGCCCAGAGACCAGAGGGACAGCACCACCUUGCUGUUAAACAAUCCGGCCUAUCACGUGCUCCUACCAGAUCACAGAAAAGGCUCCAGAGCCGUAGUCGUCCCGAGAUCGGCUCAGGCUCCGGAAAAGAGCCUGAAUGUGCCCCAGGCUUGUGGUUUGGACUUGGACCUGGAGAAAGGCUUCCCCUCUGCACACGAGGAGCCCCCUCCGUACCCGGGGUCGCCUCCUUAUCCGUCUCUGUCUCCCCCCGUCUCCCCGCCGCUGCCUCCCAGCGUCCCGCAUUAUGCAGAGGCGGACAUCGUCAGUCUGCAGGGGGUCAGCGGCAACAACACCUACGCAGUGCCGGCCCUGGCCUCUUCCAGUCCUGGUGCCGACGCUCUCCCGCUGCCGGAGCUGCCGCGCCAGUGUCUGGUCUUCAAGGAGAAGCUGGGGGAGGGACAGUUUGGGGAGGUUCACCUGUGUGAAAUAGAGAACCCUCUGGACCUCCCAAUCCUAGAGUUCCCCUUUAACGUGAGGAAAGGGCGCCCUCUUCUGGUCGCAGUGAAGAUACUGCGGCCAGACGCUUCAAAGAAUGCCAGGAACGACUUCCUGAAGGAGGUGAAGAUCUUGUCUCGCCUGAAGGACCCAAACAUCAUCCGGCUGCUGGGAGUGUGUGUGAGCAGCGAUCCCCUCUGCAUGGUCACCGAGUACAUGGAGUGUGGAGACCUGAACCAGUAUCUGUCCCAGCGUGUCCUGCUGGACAAAACUGGGCCUUCACACAAUACGCCGACCAUCAGUUAUCCAGCGCUCAUCUCCAUGGCCAGCCAGAUCGCAUCAGGGAUGAAGUUCCUGUCCUCUCUGAACUUUGUGCACCGGGAUCUGGCCACUCGCAACUGCCUGGUCGGCGGUGAGAAGGGAGAGAGCGGAGACGAUCGAGGCGGAGAGCGUCACAUCAAGAUCGCCGACUUCGGCAUGAGCAGAAACCUGUACGCUGGAGACUACUACAGGAUCCAAGGCAGAGCUGUGCUGCCUAUACGAUGGAUGGCCUGGGAGUGCAUCCUCAUGGGGAAGUUCACCACGGCCAGCGACGUGUGGGCGUUCGGUGUCACUCUGUGGGAGAUGCUGAGCGUUUGUCAGGAGCAGCCGUACUCCGACCUCACAGAUGAGCAAGUCAUCGACAACGCAGGGGAGUUCUUCAGAGACCAGGGCAGACAGGUGUAUCUGAGCAGGCCGGCCGUGUGUCCUCAGGGUCUCUAUGAGCUCAUGUUGAGCUGCUGGAACAGAGACUGCAAGCUCCGCCCGUCUUUCGCCAACAUCCACUCCUUUCUUACCGAGGACGCCAUGAACAUGGUUUGACGGAAGAACGACAGGAAGAAAGUUGACCUUUUUGCUUGAGCGGUGAAGUGGGCUGGUGUGGUGGUGGGUGCGUUCACAGGCACAGUGGGGUUACUCGCUUUUGUAUUUUGUACUUUUUGGGCGGGUGGGGCUGAGACACCGCUGGUUCGGUUUUUAUUCCACCUCAGACCCCCAAACGACGUCUUUUUAGUAGGUUACGUAGUAACUGGUGGUGGGUUCAGUCAUCAAAUCAGUUUUCUCUCAUUUCAGAUUGUGUCUCUUCUGAUGCUGCAGAGUUAAUAUGUGGGAAUCAGUCGCACAAAAUACAGUUUCAUGUCUGAAACAUUCAAAUUCAGCAUUUUAAUGUUAUUUGUGGACAAACAGGUGAAUGUGGUCAUGUCACGAAGAACACCUGUCGUUUGGAGGUGAAAGGUCACGCAGGAAUUGUCUUAGUAUUUGUCUCACAGCAUGCACUGUAACUCAGUGAGCUUACUCCCAGCUACGUCCCCUUUGGCCUACUUUUUAUUACGACUCUUCAUUUGAUCUCAGCCCCACAUUCUCGCCCAGUGACCCACAUCCACAAUGUUUGUGGGUAAAUAAGGAGGCGUGGACCAGACAGGAGCAGCCUCCCUGUUUCGUCAGCGUGAACACGUCGCGUCUCCCGUCUUUAAUCGUAACAGUCUGACCUGCAUCUUGCACCCGACACCAAACGAGAAAAAAGGCACAGAAGACCAGAGUCUGCAGCUGCAAAUUAACAAAAAAACAUUUAGUUUUUUCUUCCACCAGAGAGACGUUGCUCUGGGACUCUUUUUCAGGCACCUUGUCAGGUGUUCUUCUUCUUAUCAUUGUUUCUUUAUUUGACUGCAACUCAGUCAGAAAGGAUCGACUUUAAAAUUCCACAAAUCAGCAGCACUUUACCCUACAUGCAUUUCCCCGACUGUGAUGAAACUUGUCUUCAAUGGGUCUGAAUGAUGAUUCCUGAUUCUGAUCAGGACAUACAUCACAAACAUGCACGCUCUCCUGUUAAAAUGCCCGGCUUUUGUUACCUUAAAAAUAAAAAGACAAGCUUUUUUUCACCUUUAUAUGGCAUUCGUCUUGUACAUUUCAACUAAAUAAAUAGAAAAAAAUCAGUGAAAAGUAGAAAAUAUACAAAAAAUAAAUAAACAAACUUUUAUUUCUAUUUUGUUUCACAUCCUUUCUCGAGGUUUUGUCAGAUUUUUAGCCAGGCCCGGAUGUUUUCUUUGGGUAAAAUUACUUCUGUCUUCCAGCCGUACUCCUUGGUCCAUCAUGUAGAGAAAUAAAACUUCCCGCAGCUUCUUGUGUGUUUUUGACUUAAAUUGAUAUCUUCAAAGACAACCUUAUUAAUUGAUCACAUUCACUCUGAUCAACUAAAUCCUGAAAUUGAAUCAAAAUAUCGCAGGUUUUUUUGCACAUUUUCACUCCUAAUAAAUUUGCUUAUUUUACAAUUGCACUGUGAAUAAAUAAAUAUAUAUGUCACAAUAACAGUGCAGUAGGUGAGGAAUGGAUUGACAUUUUUAAAGGCACAGAUGUCCGGCAUGUUAGCAGGAGGAGUGAAAACGUCUGAGACCUUCUCUGCCAAACCAUUAGAUGUAAAAAAUUGUUUUAAAACCUGGAAUGGCAUUCUGGAUUCAAACAGCAAUCCCAUGUAAGCUUUCAGAGCGCCGAGAUGUUACUGAUCUUAUAAUUUUCUUUUAUAUCACUGUAAUUUCAUGGCAUUAUGCAAACGGGGAAUUCUGGGAUUCCUGAUGUUUUUUUUGUUUGUUUGUUUAGUUUUUUUUUGGAGUGAAAGUCGAUCUCUGUGUUGAUCCAUGUGUGAGCUGACCGCAGUGGAACCAGUACUUCAACCUUACUGUCUGUACAGCACUGUAAAUCUGAGAUCACCCUGAUUGUGAAGUAAUACUUGUUUAGUGAUUGGUUGUGCCAUUUCAUUCAUUUUGAUACACUGUAGUUCACUUUUUUUUUCUUUUUUUUAAGCUUGGUUAUAGUAAAAAGUAUGUACACUCACUUUCAAUUUAAGGGAUUUCAAGAGAUGUUUUUGGUUGUCACCAGAUUAUUUCCUGAAAUGAACAAAAUCAUAUUACUGCAUCAUUAUUUAUGAUAAAGAAGCUGUAGCAGCAAUAGCCUGAAGACCUGCCUCCUGUUUGAGGUGCCUUGGUUCUUUUUGUUCAACAUUGCUUGAAUUUGCUACAUUUCUCCAUCUCAGUUGUGUUCUAGCUUGAAGGGGAAAACAGUUUACAUGUAUUUACAAAAUAAAAGUCGAAGAAUAUGAAAUAAGAUGGCAUGAAAUAAUAAGAGAAAGCACAUGAAAGUUGGCAAAUAGAGACUGCGUGAUGAAUGUAUUGCCAAUUUAUAAGGAGGAUUGUCCGGUGAAGAGGAGAAAGUCAGGAGAAAUGUUGUUAGUGCAAUAGCUUGGAGACUCAGCAAACCAGCACCCUACAUAGGAGCUUAAAGGUACAGUUUGAGCUAGAAAAUUAUCUCCUUCUCACUAAAGCCAUAGAGAACCACUGGCCUCCAGGUGGUGCUGUUACACCUUCUUCAUCCAUAUAUUGAAGUGCUUCCUGUUAUUGAUGGUUUCAACUCAAAAUGUUUGUUUAAAAAAAAGUGUGCUUUAAAAUUACUUUAAAAACAUAUUGAAAGGCUGAUUGACUUGUGUUUCAUGCUGGUACAAGUUUUAACCCAGAACACAGUUUACUCUCCUUGUUGCCCUUUGAUGUUCAACAGGGCAAUGACUUGAAUUAUUCAGCUUAAUUUCAAAUUUGACUGAAAUCUUGGGAUUUCUUAGCGGAUUUCUUUAGAUGCUUCUCAAGCACCAGAUGUUUUUAGCAUAAGCUCUUUUAUUUAAUGGGUGAAUGUGUCGAUAUCCAUAUAAAAUGUCUAUCCAAUAGUUGUUCAACCUUCUAAUUGUGUUGUAUCAAAGAUUCCUCGUCCAGAUUGAGGUGAAUAAAGUCUAAAAUGGUUUUAUUUGAAUUAUCUGGUUCCAAAUUGUGCAGAAAAGGUUGUAUAACUGUUCAGUUUGAUGGCCAAAAACAUGUUUUUUUCAGGUCUCUGUUGCCAUUACACAUUAGCAAGCUGCUAAAACUUCAGUUUUCACAUAAAUAGCUGAUUAACUGUAUUUGUUCAGCACUCAGUUAACUCAAACAUGUUGAGACUGCAGUGUCUCUAUUUAUUAAAGAAUGUGUCUCGGUUCAGGUUGUGUCAACUCAAUUUAAAAAUCUGGUGAUGACCAACACAUUUUUGUCCCUUUUAGUAAAAUUAUAAUAUUGAAGUUGGUUGUACUUAACAUUUUCCUAUAAUUCUUCCCAAUCUGUCUGAUUUCACAGUAUGUACAUAUUCAAAGGACAGGAUUACAGUUUUCUUUGCUAAUGUAUAGAUAACUCCCUGUCACAUUUUUAUCAUUGCUCUAGAAACGCUUGUUACCUUCAAGCUCUUAUUCAUUGCUGUUCUAUUUUUGUAGAUGUUUUAUUAAAGUUACCCUUUUCAAAUAAAACUGAACAGGCUCACACUGUGUACAAACACCA